AUGGAAAAACAGCUACCGGAUACCAACCUAUACGAGUCACUAGUGGAGACAAAAUCAUUGGAACAGCUGCGAAACAAUCCAGAUUCGCUACUCUCGACCAUCAGGCUAUUUGACAUAUAUCCUACCACCGAUCCCUCCUGUUAUGAACAUCUUCACUCUCUGGUCCCGAUCUUCUGCAAACGCACACCGGGAUCCAUUAUGUUACUAGGCUCAGAGAUGGAUUUUGGCUACUCGCUGAUAUACCUCGGAAACUUGCUCCGUAAAACAAAUAUCCCUUUUGUGCUUCACGGACUUUUCGAUUACUUUUCGCUCACCGAGGAUAACCGGAAAUUGAUAGAAUAUUUGGUGGAUCUUUCCGGGAUAUCCCAAAUCAAGGUCCAUUUUGCAGAAGACCUUGAAGACUACCUCAUCUACCAUCCGAUCGAAGCAGAUUGGAUUCUUGUGAAUCACAUCUCUCCACAGAAUGAUAUUACAAUAUUGAGAACGAUGGAAUCCGUAAGCCUUGUGCAACCAGGAACCGUGGUUGCCAGAGUGAACUGUCCCGCCGAAUGCCGCGACAAGUUCUACGAGUAUCUGCUUGGAGCCCCCGUCUAUAAGCGGACCAUGAACGAGCACAUAGGGGGCAGAAAACAAGGCAGAUGGAACUUGAUUUACGAAAAAAUCGCCAACACUUACGACAAAUACGACCCCAUCCUCACAGAAUGUGUGGACCUUUUGAAUGCAUAA